GUUACGUCAUUAUCGAAUAUUACGUACAAAAACUAAGAUCGAUCCUACUAAUUUGUUUAUAAAAAAAAAAUGGUUCGUGCAUGGUACAUGAAUAACAGCAAUGAAGAUCAACGACUAGAGCACCAUAAACAACCACCUGAAUAUAUUUCUUUUGAAGACUUGUUUAAGAAAACAGGUGUUGAAUAUUUUAAGGUUAAUUAUAAAAAUUAUGAAACUGACAAUACGUUAACAGAAUUGAAACAAAAACGCGGUUAUACAUACGAAGAUGAAAUAGAAUGUUCCAAAAAAUGUCUUCCAAAUUACAAAGAGAAAUUGAAAAACUUUUUCACUGAACAUCUUCAUACUGAUGAAGAAAUAAGGUUAGCUUUGGAUGGAUCAGGAUAUUUUGAUGUUAGAGACAAAGAUGAUAAGUGGAUUCGUAUUGAAAUUAAAUCCGGAGACUUGAUAAUUAUCCCUAGUGGAAUAUAUCAUAGAUUUACAUUGGAUAUGAACAAUUAUAUAAAAGCAAAACGUUACUUUGUGGGCGAGCCUAUUUGGCUGCCUUACAAUAGACCAGCUGAUGAUAUGGAAUGUCGUAAAAAUUACCUAAAUCGUUUAAACAACGGAUUUAAGGUAUAAGUUCUGUAAUGUAUAUUUUAGCAACUUUAGCAGUUGUUAAGUACAUAGCUUGAAGAACCUUGUUUGAGAUUCUAAUAGUGUUAUA